AUGGAGAUCUUGACCCGUCUGCCAGUAAAACCACUCUUUAGAUUCAGGGUUGUGAAAAAAUCGUGGUAUGAUCUCAAGAACGAUAGUGAUUUCAUUAAGAGACACCCAGAGCACUCUAUUGAAAAGAACGAAUAUCAAACACUUUAUACGAGUAACGCAGGAGAGGUCUGCGCUAUAGAUCAGUCCUUGUUGGUAUCCAGUGGAGUUGUCAGGAUUCAAAAGUUUGAUGUCCCAUAUGGGAGAUUCCAUUAUGUCCCUGGCAGAUUCAAACCCAUUCGACCCCUUCGACUCAUUCGAAUACAUUGUUCAUGCAAUGGUUUGCUUUUUGUGGAUAUGAGUGAUGGUAGUCGUGAUGGUUGGGCGACUGGAUUAUGGAAUCCAGCUACCAGAGAAUUCAUAAUAUUAUCAAUGGCAACCACACCAACUGGAUGUAAUAGAACCAGUGGUUUGAGUUUCGCUAACAGGUGUGGUUUUGGAUACGAUAGCAAGAUUGAUGAUUACAAGGUGGUUAGACUUGCGGUUCCUUCUAACACUGAUGAUACUAUGGCUUCCCAAGUGGAUGUUUAUAUACUAGGUUCUGAUUCAUGGAGAAAGAUAGAAGACACGCCUUACAAAAUCACAGAUAGCUCAGCGGGCGUUUUCGUGAAUGGAGCUUUGCACUGGUUAGCCAACCCCUAUCCAGGUUUAGUUUUUUACGAUCCAAAACAUGAAACAGCUAGAUUCCAUAAGAUUAAAUGGCCAGAAUGUUCAAGAGCACCUUGUUUUGCUCGUCGUGAAUCAUCGUGCUACACAGAGACUUAUCUUGAGAGUUUAGUUUCACUUUGCUCGGGUAAUUAUGUCGGAAAUGAGCAAGAAGACACAUUUGAGAGUUUAGUUUCACUUCACUCGGGUAUUUAUCUCGGAAGUGAUCAAGAAGACUCAGAUUCAGAUCCAAAUGAAUCAGAUGAUGAAUGGGAGACGGUCUCAGGUUCAGAUCCAGAUGAAUCAGAUGAUGAAUGGGAGACGGACUCAGAUUCAGAAACAUCUUUUGGUUCACUUCAGAUGGUACGCAAGGAAUAA